UUUCGUGGUUCAUCACGAACAAGUCUCCUGACGCCCGGAUUGCAUCGGCGGAAGACAGUGUCCCGGAAAGAACAUGUCGCGCUUUCGUAUUUUUACAAAUUGAUUUUAUCACGGAGUAAGGAUCAGAGAUUUUGUGAAGGCAUCAUCGCUCUCGCUUAGAAACAGUGUCAGCUCACCAGCAAGGUGCUCGCCAGUAAUUAGUAACGCGAUAUGGGGUCUAUUCAAGAAAUCGGGUUGGAUGAAGCCGUCAAUACUCUCUGCGUGAGGAUUGAAAGUCUCCUUGCUAGGCAGAAGCUCUGUCCUAAACAACGACUGCUAGUAGCACUAGCAGGAGUUCCAGGAUCUGGGAAGUCAACUGUCUCCGGAGCUUUGAUGAGAGCCUUGAUGCAACGUGGAAUUCACAGCGGCGUUGUCGUUGUGCCGAUGGACGGAUUUCACUACACAAAGGCUGCAUUAAGCGCAUUCGAUGACCCUGCUCUAGCUUUUCGAAAGCGCGGGGCGCCAUUCACAUUCGAUGCUUUCGGGCUUAUACAACUGAUCAAGACGUUAAAGACAUUACCGGUCACGGGAAAAGAGGGACCUGAAAGCUGCGUUGCUGUACCAAGUUUCGAUCAUGCAGUCCAAGAUCCGAUACCCAAUGACAUUCAAGUCUCAUCCCGAAAUAGAAUCGUAAUAAUCGAAGGCAACUAUACGCUCCUUGAUCUGGAACCAUGGAACGAGAUUGCAAGACUUGUGGAUGAGAAGUGGUUCGUGAAUGUCCCAGAAGAGAUUGCGAGAGCACGUCUAGUGGAACGACACUUGGCUGCUGGUAUUGAGACAAGUAAAGCGUCUGCGGCAAUUCGGGCUGCGGAUAAUGAUAUCCCCAAUGGCGACCUGAUUAGAGCCCAUCUCGUCGAGCCCGACAUAGAAAUCAUGAAUUAGUCAAACACCAUGCUAGGCGCCUAAAAGACUCAAAUCAUGAGGCUUGACCAGAUGGAUCAUGGUAGGCUAGUAGUGCAAUAAGAGUUAUUCGCGGCCACAGUUUAAGGUCCACCAAUGUUGAACUCGUAGUAAUGUCUCAAGUGAUAAAUCGGAGGCUUCAUCUUGAAGAAAACAAUUCGUCGAGAUUGGGUUCGAAUUGUGUCCUGUAUGAAAUUCUUGGUUAUACUCCCGGCGGGGCACCUUUUGACUAAUCUCGUACUCCCUUUUAAAAGAGCCUUUGUAUUUUCGAUACGGGAUAAUUCAAGCAAAUUCAUGAUACAGAUCUUGUUAGCACAACUAGUGUGGAUGUG